AUGAUCGGGAUCAUGUUCGAGAAUCCCUACACGUACAGCCUAGGCGCCCGCUGUGGCUGUGAGCUCAUUGGCACGAUGAUUGCGGUGUUUCUGGGCGAUGCUUCCGUGGCAAACAUGCUCCUGGCGAAGACGAAGGGCAAUGACUACGGCUGGGGCUUCUUGUCCUUUGGUUUCGGUCUGCCCUUUGGCUUCGUCACCAUGAUGUUCAGCCACAUCUCUGCCUACCUCAACCCCGCUGCCUGCCUCUUGCAGUGGGUGGUCGGCAAUCUGAACGGGAAGGAGUUCCUCGCCCUGUCCUUCAGUGAGCUGGCGGGCGCCUUCCUGGGCGCCAUCCUCCUGUGGCUCAUCUACCUGCCCCACUUCAACAUCGUGCCCGAGCCGCCCUCCGUCACCGACGCCGACCCCUUCCUGGAGGACCCCCUGAUGGGCGCGGGCGCCAACCGCGUGUUCACCCCCGGCGAGCUGGCGGCCGGUGGCUACAACAACGACCCCCUGGAGCAGUAUAUGCGCCUGCACCCCGGCCAGGCCCUGCACAGCACGGUCAGGGACAUUGGAGAGCUGCUGAGCACGGUGCAGGCCGACCUGCAGGCGCGCCAGGCGGAGCUGGCCCGCUCCCUGCAGCGCCCCUCGCUCAAGGAUCGCGAGACGGUGGAGCAGCAGCUGGCGCACCUGCGUGAGCGCUCGCGCACGCUGUCGGAGCACGAGAUGAAGGCCCGCAUGGCUCAGGCCACGCUGGAGAAGGUGACUGCCAGCCGCACCGAUGCGCGUGAUGACAGCCUGAGCAUGACCAAGCACUCCACCAUCGACGUCGAGGAUGGCGGGCGCGUGGCGCCGCCGCGCAAGACCCCCGCCGAGGUUCGUUACGAGGCGCUGCUCAUCGCCGACCAGAACAUCAAGCUGGGCAUCUUCUCCACCCGCCCCGCCAUCUACGCGCCCCACUGGAAUUUCCUCUGCGAGUUCAUGGCCACCGUGACCCUGCUGGUCAUGGCCAACAUGAUCGCGGCGCGCGGGAACCAGCUGUACGAGCCGUCGCGUGGCCUCUUUGGGGCCCUGUUUGGCUUCAUCCUCGGCUUCUUCAUCUUCCUCAUUGUGCUCGUGAUCGGCGGGCCCACGGGGGUCGCCAUCAACCCCGCCCGUGACCUGGGGCCCCGCAUCGCCCACUGGAUCCUGCCCAUCCCAGGCAAGGGCCCCAGCGAGUUCAUCACCUACGGCUGGAUCCCCAUCCUGGCGCCCUUCUGCGGCGGCGCCGCGGCAGGCGGCCUCUUCAUCGCCCUGCAGAAGAUGACCGCCUACAGCAAUGUGCCCGCCGGCUCCGUCACCUGCUCCUGA